CCCAUCAGUGCUCAUCAUUGCUGCAUAUCAGUGCAGCAUCAUCAGUGCCUCCUCAUCAAUGUCCACAAGUGCUGCCUCAUCAGUGCCACCUCACCAGCGCAGCCUAUCAGUGCCCAUCAGUGCUGCCUAUCCAUGCCACCUCAUCAUGCCACCUGUCAGUGCCCAUCAAUGCCAAAUACCAGUGAUCAUCAGUGCACAUCAAUGCCACAUAUCAGUGCCUAUGAGUACACAUCAAUGCCACAUAUCAGUUCCCAUCAGAGCUGCCUUUUAGUGCCACCUAUCAGUGCCAGUCGGUGUCACCAAUCAGUGCC